CUUCAUCACAAUGGGGUUGCGACGAACCACCAAGUCAAAGAAGAGCAAAAAGUCGGAAGACUUGGUGCCAUCCAAGCCUUUACCUGUGACGCUCCUGUCUGGUUUUCUAGGGUCAGGCAAGACAACGCUACUACAGCACAUUCUAAAAAGCAACCAUGGGCUUCGUAUAGCUGUUGUGGUAAAUGACAUUGGAGCUAUCAAUGUCGAUGCAUCUCUCAUUCAAAAGACUCACACCCUUACAAAAACCAAUGAAAAGAUCAUUGCGCUACAGAAUGGAUGCAUCUGCUGUACUUUGAGAGGAGACUUGCUCGAGGAGCUUGUGCGCAUCUCUCAGCUUCAGAAAUUUGACUACAUUAUCAUUGAAAGCAGUGGCAUUAGUGAGCCAGAGCAGGUUGCUGAGACUUUCGAUUCUCGCCUUGCAGAGCAGAUGAGCCUCUUGACCGAAGGCGAAGGCUCUGCUGAGCUUGACGAAGACAUGAUUAAGGUUUUGAACAAACUGAAGAAAGCCGGAGGGCUAGAAAAAUUCGCCCAUUUGGACACGACCGUUACGGUCAUUGAUGCUUUUACGAUGCUGAACGACUUUGAUACAGCGGAUUUGUUGUCUGGACGGAGGGAUGAUGUUGUUCCGGAAGAUGAGAGAUCCGUGUCGGACCUUAUGGUUGACCAGAUUGAGUUUGCGGACGUGAUCAUCUUGAACAAGAUUGAUAUGAUCAACGACGAGACGAAGGCCCGGGUACUUGAUCUUGUUAAACAGCUGAACCACCGGGCCAAGGUAAUAGAGUCUAAGUAUAGCAAAGUGGACGUCAAAGAGCUGGUCAACACAGGCCUCUUCGAUCUCGCACGUGCGCAAACUGGGUAUGGUUGGCUGCAGGAUUUGCAUGCCAUGACUGUGCGCGAGGUAAAUGGCCGCAAUGUAGUAACUCCUAAGCCGGAAACGGAGGAGUAUAAUGUGCAAAGCUUCAUCUAUUCACGUUACCGACCUUUUCAUCCAAGGCGGCUCUUUGCACUGUUGUAUGAUAAGUUUAUCUUGCAGAUGGAGCAUCCUGACGAUGACGACGAUGAUGAAGAAGAUGAAGAAGAUGAAGGAGAAGAGGGAGACGAAAGGCUGCCUGACGUUGAGGAUGCUGAAAUGGUUGACUGCGAAGACAGCGCAAGCACCAACUCAUCCUCAGAAGACAAGCCAGAUUCGACGUCUUCUUCUCAUUCCCCAUCAAGUCCUGAAACCGAGAUAUCUUCUCAUGAUGAUGACAAAGACAACGACAUGGACGUCGACCCCUUGAUGAUGCCCUCAAACGAAGUCAUUCUCGCCAACAAGCGUGCUCACCCAACACUCGCCCGGCUCUUCCGCUCCAAGGGUGAAUUCUUCCUGGCCACACGACCUCACCGCGCCGGCGAAUGGUCUCAAGCCGGGGCCAUGCUCACUCUCACGGGAGGACGUUCAUGGUUUUGCACUUUGCCAGAAGAAGAGUAUACGACGGGAAGCCCCGACAUAGAUACUCUGGUGCAGCAUGACAUUGCCAAGGGCGGCGAGUGGGGGGAUAGGAGGCAUGAGAUUGUCUUUAUCGGCGAAGGACUGGACCAUGAGGGUUUGGAAGAGAUGCUUGAUGCGUGUUUGCUUACGGAUGGGGAGUAUGAGGAGUGGAAGACGGUCAUGAGGAAGGAUGGGGUGGAGGAGGAGGAGAGGAGGAAGAUGCUGCAGGAGCUAUUUGAAGAUGGAUUUCCGGAUUGGAGCGGAGAUGAUGAUGAGGAAGAAGGGCACGAGGGACAUGAUCACUAAGACGUGG